AUGAGUAAACUUAACCUCGUAAGUCUAUUGUUCUUCUUCUCUCUUGCGAACUUACCGUUCAUAACCAUAUCGGAGACGCCGUGUCCUUACCCUUGUUACCCGCCGCCAACUGGCGGUGGCUCCACUCAACCGGCCGGUAAUUACCCUCAACCGACCGGUUACUAUCCUCCUCCAACCGGUUAUUACAGUCCUCCUACGUCGGGGAAUGUACCGAAUUACCAGUCUCCACCGUACACCGGAGGUAAUUCCGGCGGCGGAUAUUACGGUCCACCACCACCGGACCCUAUCUUGCCUUACUUCCCGUUCUACUACAGAAAACCUCCUCAUCAAACGGAUCAGUCAUCUUUUGCCGUUAAAUUGAAGGUUAGGAUCGUAACGGUGGUAAAUUUUCUUGCGGUGGUUGCGUUUUUAGUCGGUAACGUUUAG